AUGGCCCCGCGCGAGGCGUUCUACGCGCCGUUCAACGGCCCAUCGGACGUCCCCUCGCCAUUAACGUCGCCUCACUGGCUCCCCCUCGCUCCGCAUCCUGGCAACCCCGCUCCGCCGGCCCCACUCCGCCCACCACACCCCCCACCUCCAGAGGGAUGGACGCGGACCUUCCACGCCGUGCCGGCCGCCUACCCGCGGCAACUGAAGGAAGCGACUGGGACGUAUGGCCGCUCGUCGCAUCCGUUCCGUGAGAGUGGUCCUGAACCCAAGACGAGCGCAGAGCGUAAGGCCCGAUCGGAGAAGGAGGGAUUCAAGGCCGCUGAGGCGCGAUGGGGCGGCCACGAGUGGAGCAUGGACGAGGCGCUGGCAGCUUCGCCCAAGGGUCUCUUCGUGGCUGUGGAGCGGUGGCGCCGCGAUAAAUUACGUGGCGGACACACCGUCGUGUGCUCACAUGCGAACGGGAUGCAGAAGGAGCACUGGCAGCCCGUGUUGCGCCGAAUCAUCGCUUCGGAAGGAGGCGAGCCGGAUUACGCCUUUGGCACGGAUAAACCCCUCCCCGCCACGCCUGUGCUGCUGGACGAUAUCUGGAUGUUCGAUGAUGCCAACCACGGCGCCAGCGUCGACUUGAAUGCUGGGCUACUGGGUCCCGGCCAGAUCUGGGACGACACGGCGCGCGACCUCGUCAACUUUAUCGUACAUGUCCUCCCCGCUGCUAGGGAGGACGAGAAGAUGGCCAGUGCCUGCUUCCCCUGGCAUUUACCGUGGCAGUUGCCGUGGCGGCCUGAUGGCGACGCUCCAGCGAUCAAGGUCAUUGGUUUCGGGGCGAGCUUUGGUGGUCUGGCACAGGCACGAGCAGCGGCAUUCAUCCCGGACCGAUACGAGGGAUUGUUCCUCGCAGACCCCAUGCUCCCUCCCCGCACGAGGACGUGGGAAAACGUACUGGAAGAACCAGAAACCAUGCUCCUGCGCGUACGGCAAGCCGUCAAACGGCGCGACACAUGGUCAUCCCGCGAAGAGGCGCGGACCAGUAUGCUCAAGAGCCCAUUCUACGCCGCCUUCCAUCCCGAGCAGUUUGACCUUGUCGUCUCGCACGGCCUCGUCAAGGCCCCGAAUGGCGUUACAUUGGCUACGCCGGCAUGGUGCGAGGCUGCCGUGUUCUGUGAGGGAGUCUGUCACGCGCGUGGAUGGGACCGCUUACCGGGACUCAAUGUGCCGAUUGCGUUUUUCAUGGCGAGAGAGAACGACCGCACCAUGGGCGACGAGCUCACUCGCGAACUGGUGUGGCGCCCGCCGCUCGCUAGGAAUGAACGUAGCCUCAGCGCGGGCCACUUGCUCGUGCAGGAGGACCCGGAUGGGACUGCCGAGGCGGCCAAGCGCUUCCUCGCGACCCUGGACAGUGGGCGGUGGGGAAAUAGCCUUGAGGAGAUUCGCGCCAGCUACGAUGAAGAGACCAAGGCUAGGCUGUAG